AAAUCUAGCAGUGGACACUCGGAGGCCCGCGAUCAUCAUUCCUUGCUCGGGGGGGAAAAUAAAAUCAAAAUUUUUCCAUUGUCUUCGAAAAUAGUUAAUUGUGACGCGAUUUUUGUGAGAAGAAAAUAAAAACGAAACGAUUUGCAUAAAAAAAAUAAAAACUCCUUUGAUGCGCUCUCGUCUUGUUAUUCAUUUAUUCGUCAGAUUGUGUGAGUGUGUGUGUAUGUCGCGAGUUUCUCACCAAUAAUUCUCUUGUUGGGGCCUUCCGCAACGACAAGAAAAAUCCGCACGUUGCGGCUUAUAAAAGUGUAUUAUAAAGCAGCAGCCAAGCCUAUAUAGUGACUUCAAGAAAGUAAGAGUAAUGAUUGUAAGGAUGGACUGACAAAUGCUGAAGAAUCAGCGGUGAGGCAGAAAGAGAGAGAGAGAGAGUGAGAGAGAGGAGGAAUUAUUUUUGGGGGAAGAACGAGAGAAAGAGUGUGUGAAAUAGAGAGAGAGAGAAAAGAGGGGAGGUGUUUGGUGGUGAAGAAGAAGUGCCGUGGACCCGGAGCCUCGAAGCCGAGAAUUAACGGCUUCGAAAUAAAGAAAAAAAAAAAAAAAACAAUAUCACUUUUACUAUGAGGCCUGGCAGUUUAAAAGAUCCUGAGAUCGCUGAACUCUUUGAAAAACAUGAUCCGGAAAAAAUAUUUGAAGACUUACGGGAAAUUGGGCACGGUAGCUUUGGCGCCGUUUAUUAUGCCCGAUGUUUUCUCACCAAAGAAAUUGUUGCUAUCAAAAAAAUGUCAUAUUUGGGAAAGCAAACAAUGGAAAAAUGGCAGGAUAUCCUUAAGGAAAUACGUUUUCUUCGACAACUCAAUCAUCCAAAUACAAUUGAAUACAAGGGUUGCUAUCUCAGGGAGCACACUGCCUGGUUGGUGAUGGAAUAUUGUCUUGGAUCAGCGUCCGAUAUAAUUGAAGUCCACAAAAGGCCUCUAAAAGAAGAUGAAAUUGCGGCAAUAUGCGAUGGUGUAUUACGCGGUUUACAUUAUCUUCAUUCCCUAGGAAGAAUUCAUCGUGAUGUUAAAGCAGGAAAUAUUCUUUUAACUGAGAAUGGAACAGUGAAAUUGGCAGAUUUUGGCUCUGCCAGUAUUAAAUGUCCUGCCAAUAGCUUUGUGGGAACUCCAUAUUGGAUGGCACCUGAAGUUAUUUUAGCAAUGGACGAAGGCCAGUACGAUGGAAAAGUCGAUGUUUGGUCAUUAGGAAUCACUUGCAUUGAAUUAGCUGAAAGGAAGCCACCCUAUUUCAAUAUGAACGCCAUGAGUGCAUUGUAUCACAUUGCACAGAACGAUACGCCAACUUUAAAUUCUCCCGAUUGGACGGAUGUUUUUCGUCAUUUUGUCGAAGUUUGCCUAACAAAAAGUCCUAGUGACAGGCCAAGUUCCGGAAAAUUAUUAGCGCAUCAAUUUAUAACGAGAACACGUUCGAUGCAAGCGUUGAUAGAUUUGAUUCAAAGAACCAAGGCGGCCGUUCGAGAAUUGGAUAAUUUGAAUUAUCGAAAAAUGAAGAAAAUUCUCAUGAUCGAUUCCUGUGAGACGGAAAGCACUGUCGGCGAUCCGGAUGACACUCCUGAUGAACAAACAGGUGGCGAUAGUAGUAAGAGCAAUUCAAUAACAUCGGAACAUUCAAUUCAUUCAAUGGGCGUAUCGGCGAGUUCACAAAGUUCAUCGACAAAUAGUUUACCAUUGCCAAAUGCCGAUUCAAAUGAUUAUUCAACUGGUUCGGUGAGAAAUCGUCAUAAUAUAUCGGCGGGUGUUACUGCCAAUCUUUUGGAGCAUGGUGCAAAUAAUUUUGCAACAAUAAGAACAACAUCAAUUGUCACUAAACAACAAAAGGAACAUAUGCAAGAGGAAAUGCAUGAGCAAAUGAGCGGCUAUAAAAGAAUGAGACGAGAGCAUCAAGGAGCUUUGGUGAAACUCGAGGAGCGUUGCAAAUUGGAAAUGGAGUCUCAUAAACAAUUGCUUGACAAUGAAUACGAUACAUUGUUACAGCAAUUUAGCAAAGAAUUGGAGAAAUUACAAUUAAGGCAUUUAAAAGAAUUGGAGAGGAAAUUUAAACACAAUCAAAAUGCAGAAAAGAAGCUUCAUAAAGAAAUAUCGAGUAGGCAGGAGGCCGAUCGUAAGGCACUUGAGGCACAACAAAAACGAGAAUAUAAAGCGUACAAAGAGAGGUGGAAGAAGGAAUUAUCGCAAGAUGAAAUGACGCCAAAACGUCAACGAGACGCGACACUUCAGAGUCAGAAGGAAAAUUUAAAACAAAUGGAAGCGCAAGAGGAGCAACGACUCGCAAGAGGACAACGUGAAUAUCUUGACCUUGAAAUUCGGAAAUUCCGUAGAAAAAAAUUACUCAACUUCCAUACACUCGAACAGGAGCUUCUUCGUGAAGAACUGAACAAAAGACAGCAACAAUUGGAGCAAGCGCACGCAAUGUUGCUGCGACAUCACGAGAAGACCCAAGAAUUAGAAUAUAGACAGCAAAGAGCUGUUCACGCACUUCGUGAGGAACAAGUUCAACGUCAACACAGCACUGAAUUGUGUAAUCAACAGGAUUACAUGAAUCGAGCUGAACGAGACUUACGUAAAAAGCAUGCUCUCGAAUUAAAGCAGCAGCCUAAGAGUCUCAAGCAAAAAGAAAUGCAAAUUCGUAAACAAUUCAGGGAGACGUGUAAAAUACAAACGCGUCAAUAUAAAGCGUUAAAAGCUCAAAUUUUACAAGCAACUCCAAAGGAUGAACAAAAAACGGUGAUAAAAAAAUUAAAGGAGGAACAAAGGCGGAAACUUGCACUUUUGGGCGAGCAAUACGAUCAGAGUAUUGCUGAAAUGUUACAGAAGCAAAGUAUUCGUUUAGAUGAAUCGCAAGAGGUUGAAUGUCAUCAUCUUAAGGAGAGACUGAAUUACGAGCUAGAGAUAUUGAUGGCGUAUCAAUCGAAAAAUAAAAUGCAAGCUGAAGCGCAACGAAAUCGUGAACGUCGUGAAUUAGAAGAACGUGUCUCGGUGAGACGCGCAUUACUUGAACAAAAAAUGGAAGCCGAAACACAAGAAUUUCUUCAGGAACGAAGCGAAAGAAUAAGACUUUUACACGAGAGACAAGAACGUGAAUUACAACAAUUUGAUGAUGAAAGCGCAAGAAUUGGUUUUAGUGCAUUGGCAAUUGCCGAAGCAUCAAAAGAAUCUUAUCCAGAUGACGAUAGUCUUCGUGGUUCAAUGUUAAGUCUCGCUCACAGUAAUAGCUCGACAUCUUUCCCCCCUAAUAGUCUAUAAUCUUAAAACAAACAAAAAAAUAUAUAUCAUUCAUCAUUCGUGUUAAAAAAAAAAAACUCUAUGUCUGCCUGUAAUCUGUGCAUAACAUUUUAAUCCGAUUGUCAUUUUUUGCUAUUUCUCAAUCAUUGAAAAAAAAAGAAAAUAACAAAAAAAAAAAAUAAAUAAUAAUAAUUAAUAAAUAAUUACAAAAAAAAAGAAAACAAAACAAGUCCAAGGUCCGUCGAUUCAUCAGAACUGAAUGUAAUUUAAAUAAUAAUAAUAUAAUAAUAAUAAUAAUAAUAAUAAUUA